AUGGAUGACUAUGUGGCGAUUUGCUGUCAUAAGACAGCAGUCCUCACUGAGGCCAAAGAGGAGACAACUGUGCAUGAGUUUGAAAUGGUGGAGGGAAUAUUGACGAGACUACUGGAGGAGCAGCGGCUCUACAAAGAUGACCAGCUGCUGGAUGACGAUGAUAGGAUUUUGCUAGGCUGUGGCUUAAGCCACAAACUGCUUCCUCAUGUUACUGCCACAGUGGGCUUGGCUUUAAUCAGACCUGGCAAUUGCACCUUUGAACCAUUGCGUAUUGACCCCUUCUUAAGCACUGCAGAGCUACUUGAUAUUAGAAAGUCACAGGAGUCUGGUAGCAGCUCUAGUGAGCAACCUAUUUUGCUGAAACCAGUGUCUCCUGUUUUGUGGGGUGCUGGUUCUGUCUGUAUCCUGCAUCCAUCCACACCCUUCCUAAUGUGUCUGUCUGACCAAUAA